AUACACCUCUCUCUCUCUCUCUCUCUCUCUCUCCUCUCCCAUCCUCUUCUCUUCCUCUGAAAAUAUAUUAUAUUCUAAUAAAAUAGAAAUAACUCUUGCUAUGAGCUGAUAAGUCAGAUGAUCAUCUUCAAAGAUUUUAAGAUUGGUCACACAAGAUUAGGCUCAUGACUUGCAAUGGGAUGGCUUUCUUCCCAGCAAAUUUCAUGCUUCAAACCCCUCACGAAGAAGAUCAUCAUCAACCUCCUACUUCUCUGAAUCCAAUUCUACCCUCCUGCACAACUCACGACUUUCAUGGGGUGGCGUCAUUUCUAGGGAAGAGGUCAAUGUCAUGUUCGGGGAUUGAUGCAUCAUGUCAUGAAGAAGCUAAUGGAGAAGAUGAUUUGUCUGAUGAUGGGUCACAAGCUGGAGAGAAGAAGAGGAGGCUUAACAUGGAACAAGUCAAGACGCUUGAAAAGAACUUUGAAUUGGGUAAUAAGCUAGAACCUGAGAGAAAAAUGCAGCUGGCUAGGGCUCUCGGACUGCAACCAAGACAGAUUGCUAUAUGGUUCCAAAACAGAAGGGCCAGGUGGAAGACUAAACAACUAGAGAAAGAUUAUGAUCUCCUCAAGAGACAGUUUGAGGCUAUCAAAGCUGAUAAUGAUGCACUCCAAGCUCAGAACCAGAAGCUUCAUGCAGAGAUAAUGGCACUGAAAAGCAGGGAACCAACUGAAUCUAUCAACCUGAAUAAAGAAACUGAGGGUUCUUGCAGUAACAGAAGUGAAAACAGUUCUGAUAUAAAGCUAGAUAUAUCAAGGACACCAGCUAUUGAUAGCCCUUUAUCAAAUCAUCCAAUUACAAGCAGACCUCUUUUUCCAUCUUCAUCAUCUAUAAGGCCAACAGGAGUAGCACAUCUCUUCCACAACAGCUCUUCAUCAAGGCCUGACAGCCAUCAUCACAAUAUCCAAUGCCAAAAGAUUGAUCAAAUGGUAAAAGACGAGAGUCUUAGCAACAUGUUUUGUGGCAUUGAUGAUCAAUCAGGAUUUUGGCCAUGGCUUGAGCAACAGCAUUUUAAUUGAACAUGACGAUGAUGAUAAGAGUAUAUUUAAUUAAAUUAAUGAGAACCGGAAGUGCCCAUAUUGGAAGGAAUAUACACCAUUAUGCAGUUUCUGAAUUGAUGUUCCUUCGUUUUUUUUAUAAAGAAAAAAAAUUAUCAUGCAUUAAGAGGGGCAACUACCUUAUGCUUUUUUUUUGUUACUUCUUUAGGUUGGUGUAUAAAGUAGGAAAUAUCAAGUUGAAGAUCUUUUUUUCUUUCUUUUUCUUUUUAUGAGGAAUAAAGGGGUUUGUGUUUUUGAGUUAUAUACAAUGCUUUCCUAGAGAGUUUCUAGAGAGGGAGAUGAUUGCUAGGUUGGAUCAUGGAAUUCAAUUGAAAUUAUAAUUUGCUAGCUAGCGACUGGUUGGAAGACUAGCUAGCAUGGGCCAUGUAAUAAAAAGGGAUUCUCUUUUCUUAUAUAUUUUCAAUUUUCUUGUUUUGGAA